AAUUGACAACUGAAAGCAAAACUUCGAUGAUCCGUUGCCAAUCAAUUUCCAGCUUCACCCGUAGACUCCAUACUCAUCUUCCCCUCUGCCGCCAUCGCUCUUUUCACUCUUCUGCGACCCUCCUGAAAUGGGCUUCCGGGGUAGGACCCUCCAACUUGACAACGCCCGAACUCACCAAUCGGGUUUGCCGCCUUUUAGUUCUCGAACGCCAUACAGACCUCAAGAACCUUUCUUUCCAAUUCUCCCACGAACUCGUCGACGCUGUCCUCCAAAAACUGAAACUCAACCCCUCCGCCUGUCUUCACUUCUUCAGAUUAGCUUCAAACCAGCCAAAUUACAGACCCCAUUUCAAGGCUUACUGUAAAAUCGUUCACAUUUUGUCCAAGGCCCGACUUUUUGACGAGACGAGGUCGUACUUGGAUGAAUUAAUCGAACUCUCUAGAAAUAUAAGCUCGGUUUCAUUGGUUUAUGAUGAAUUAGUUCGGAUUUAUGGAGAAUUUAAGUUCUCUCCGACGGUGUUUGAUAUGAUUUUGAAAAUUUAUGCUAAAAAAGGAUUGAUUCAGAACGCACUGUAUGUGUUUGAUAAUAUGCCUAAGUGUGGGCGGUUACCGAGCUUGCGUUCCUGCAAUAGUUUGUUGAGUGGUUUGGUGAAAAAUCAUGACUUUCAAACUGUUUUUUGUGUAUAUGAGCAGAUAGUUAGAAUGGGGAUUGUCCCGGAUGUAUAUACGUGCAGUAUAAUGGUAAAUGCUUAUUGUAAGGAUGGCAGGGUUUGCAAAGCGGUCGAGUUUUUGGAGGAAAUGGAGAAAAAGAUUGGGUUGGAGUUGAAUUCAGUGAUUUAUCAUAGUUUAAUAAAUGCGUUUGUGGAGGAGGGGGAUUUGGAGAAGGCGGAAGGAGUGUUGCGGUUGAUGAGUGAACGGGGGAUUGUGAAAAAUGUGGUGACAUAUACAUUGUUGAUUAAGGGUUAUUGCAAGCAAGGGAAGCUGGAGGAAGCAGAGAAUGUGUUUCGAGUGAUGAAGACGGAGGAGGGUGACAAAAUGGCUGUAGAUGAACAGGCAUAUGGGGUGUUGAUUGAUGGCUUUUGUCAAGUAGGGAAACUGGAUGAUGCUAUUAGGAUAAAGGAGGAAAUGUUGAGUUUCGGAUUGAAGAUGAACAUGUUUACUUGUAAUUCAUUGAUAAAUGGAUAUUGUAAACUUGGUCAAGUUAGUGAAGCUCAUGGAAUAGUCAGGAGCAUGAGUGACUGGAAAUUAAGACCUGAUUCUUAUACUUACACAACCCUAAUGAAUGGCUACUGGCAGGCAGGUCAAACACAGCAAGCAUUAAUUCUCUGUGACACAAUGAUUCGAGAUGGUGUAGAACCUACAGUUGUUACGUAUAGUGUUCUUUUGAAAGGUUUGUGCCAAAGUGGUGCUAUUGAUGAUGCUUUGCGUCUUUGGGCUUUGAUGCUUAAAAGGGGUGUUACUCCUGAUGAAGUUUGCUAUGGUGCUCUCUUGCAUGGCCUCUUUAACAAGGGAAUUUCUGAGAAGGCUUUGAUUCUGUGGAAGCAUGUUUUAGCGCAAGGCUUUGCCAAAAGUAGGAUUCUUGUAAAUACAAUGAUCAAUGGAUUGUGUAAAAUGGGGAAAAUAAUUGAAGCGGAGCAGGUGUUUGACAGGAUGAAAGAACUGGGAUUUUCACCUGAUGAAGUAACUUAUAGGACUCUGAGUGAUGGUUAUGCUAAAACUGGAGAUAUUGAAAAAGUUUUUGAAAUUUUGUAUGUCAUGGAAAGGGAAAGAAUUGCGGCUUCUACUGAAAUGUUUAACUCAGUUAUCAGUGGACUCUUUAGGGCUGGGAAAUUUAGCCAAGUGCCAGAUGUUCUCACUGAGAUGCAGAACAGAGGAUUAAAAGCAAACAUCAUCACAUAUGGAGCCCUCAUUGCAGGUUGGUUCAGAGAAGGAAUGCUGAAGAAAGCUCUAGAUGCUUAUUUCGAGAUGAGAGCUAAGGGUAUAGUUCCGAACACCAUAAUUUGUACCACAAUUAUCAGUGGAUUGUACAGGCUUGGUAUGAGAGGUGAAGCAAGCAAGGUAUUGCUGAAAGUAAUGGAUUUACAUAGUGCCCCGAGUCUUAAAUAUUUUUCUGACCAGCUCAUGAUAAACUCUGACAAUGGAUCACAAGAUUUAGAGAGAAUUACAACGUCAAUUGACAAAAGCACCAAAAGUUCCAUUAUUCCCAAUAACUAUUUGUAUAAUGUAGCUAUUGCAGGUUUAUGUAAAUACGGCAGGGUUGAUAAUGCUGUGGAGGUAAUUAAUGAUAUGUCUGUGAGAGGUUUUAUUCCAGAUGAGUUCACAUACACAUCCCUGAUUCAUGGUGUGUCAUUGUCUGGUGAUGUCGAUAGAGCAUUUCAGUUACGGGAUGAGAUGCUGAAAAAGGGUCUCAUCCCGACUAUUGCUACAUAUAAUGCUCUUAUAAAUGGCCUAUGUAAAUCUGGAAACCUUGAUCGAGCAACAAAACUUUACAGCAAGCUUUGCUUGAAAGGUCCAGCCCCAAAUCUCAUUUCCUAUAAUACUUUGAUUGAUGGAUACUGCAAAAGUGGUAAUACUUCUGAAGCUUUGAAACUCAAAGAGACAAUGAUAGAAGAAGGGAUUUCUCCUUCAGCCAUUACCUACUCAACUUUGAUCUAUGGUCUACAAGCACAAGGUGAUUCAGAAGAAUCUGAGAAGCUUUUGGAUCAAAUGUUGGAGGCAGGUCUGGAUCCUAGCUUUUCAAAAUAUGGCAGAUUGGUCCAAGCAAAAGUUGCGUCAAGGGGUUAAGUUUUGGAUGAUGAAGCUAUCUAGCAUCUAUGGCAGCAUGCUCAUUUUCUGAAAUAAAGUAAGAGGGCAAUCCUUGUUCUUCCUGCUGUUUUUAAAGGGGAUUGCUAUUGCUGUUGCUGUGGUCAUCUGAUCAUGAAGUUCAGUCAUACAGUUCACUCCUGUAGGCUAUUUGAGCUCACUAUUCUUUUGUGGAGUGCUGAGGUUCAGUUUUGACUUCAAAGCAUGUAUUUGAAGUAAGAUAGUUAUAAGGGGGAAAAAAAGGAAGAUGGAAUGAAAGCUUCCAUACAUGGCUAUGUGCCCAAUUCAAAGGCAUUAUACACUAAGUUAGGCCUCCUCAGGUUACAUGCUUAGCAGAUAGCCCGUCUCCAUCAGUGACGUGUGUUUGAUGAUCUCAGAAAAAGCGCCUUUCUUGGAUGAGAUGAUCAUUCUGCAAGAGCUUGAGAAAGGGUUCGAUUUGAGAUAGAUAUUGUCUCGCUACAUACACUUGCAGCCAUUUUUCCUAAUAUCAAACUUAACAAUGGCAAUUAGGACCUUCAGAAGUGUUUCUACUGUGAUUGUUCUGGGGAUCCUUGCACGUUUGGAUGAGAGAAAUCGAUCUGCCCUGCCAUAAAUUGCAGAUGAAACUUCCCAUGGUCCUAAACUACUUACUAGUCUUAGUUUGGUUAACUGCCCACGCCAUGAAGUAGCAGCAUUAUCACCAAGUGCUUCAGGAAGGGCCUCGCUGCGCUGAGAUUUCCAAGCAAACGAGUGCCGAACUCUCAAAACUUCCCGUCAUGGAGUCGGAAGCAGUCUGCAUACCCUUGACGGCCAGCAAUGUAAAUGUGCUGGGCGCCUUUUCGACUUACGUUGAUAACUGCCGUGUAGUUGUUGGAACCUUGCCUUCACAGGGAUUUGCAAUCACUAGUAUUUGCCUUGAUUGAAUGAUUGGGCUUUCUUCAUCUCCGCUGUCCAAAUGGCAAACUUCUCCUUGUUUCAUCCCAAUCCAAUUUAUUUAAGCCCGACCCGGUCAUCGAUGUUCUUUGUCACAAUUUGUAAAUGUGAAUUACUUUGGCCA